AUGACGCUGCUGCGAGAGAACCAGGUGUGUGGAGGUGAUCUGAAGCAACAAGUGACAGCGCGUGCGCGGCAGCUAUGUCUACAGUCAUCUGCCUGUUCACGCCAGUCCGCCGCCGUCGCGAUGCUGAGUCGCAGCAGCUCGUGGCCCGUUGUGCGACGCACGCCACCCGACUCGUGCGUAGUGCCUCUCCUCACCGCCCCCAGCGUUCCGUCACCUGUCCGCAAGCCGCCCCCAAUUCUGGACCCUCGAAAGACUGCCACCCUCAGCAGGCACUACUACCCCGAAGGAGGCUGGGGUUGGGUGGUGGCGGGAUGCAGUGUGGGGGUGCACGUGCUGAACCACGGCCUUCAACUUGGGGGCGGCGCAGUGCUGCUGUCUGCCGCCGCCAGCACCUUCCACACCAGCGCAACAAACGCAGGCUGGCUGGGGGCGCUUUCAACAGCUGUAGCGCUGCUGAUCUCGCCUGUAACAAUAGCGUUCUGCAGGCGUAAGUCAACCCGAGUAACAGCCGUGCUAGGCGGGCUGGUCACUGCACUGGGGUGCCUGUUUACGUCAUUCGCCUCUCAGUUUCACCAGUUGUUCUUCAGCUAUGGGACUGUCAUAGGUAUUGGUGUUGGUAUGACACGUGACUGCUCCACACUGAUGGUGGCACAGUACUUCAAGAGACGUCGUGAAUUUGUGGAAAUCUUCAUUGUUUCAGGGAGUGGCCUGGGGAUAGCUGUCAUGUCAGCCUUUAUCAAAGGGGCCAUCAGUGCAAUUGGCUGGAGACUGGGGCUGCAGGCUGUCACCGGAGUCGUGUUCCUUACCUUUAUUCUUGGCACCUUCUACCGCUCUGCGUCUCUCUAUCACCCACAGAGACGCGCCAUCUUGCAUCUCAAGAACCAAAAGCGGAAGAUCAAGGACAAGAACAAGGUUGAUGACAGACCCCCAUUCUUCGACUUCAGCACUCUGCGUAGUAAGACAGUGCGCAUCCUCUUGGUUUCAACUGGCAUCAGCUCCUUUGGUAUCAACACACCCAUCUUCUACCUGGCUCAUCAGGUAGAGCAGGAGGGGCUGGGUGACACAGCCGUGCUGCUUCAGACAUACCUAGGACUUGCCUGGACACUGGGAUGUGCUGCAUUUGGUCUGGUGGUAGUCCAGAACUCUGUCGAGUGCCGCAUUGCACGUCAGUACCUCUGUCAGGCUGCAGUGUUCAUGUGUGGGCUAUCCAUCCUGGCAUUGACAGCUGUCCAUGGCAACUAUCAUGGCUAUGUUAUGUUCGCAUGGAUCUAUGGUAUUUUCUGCGGAGGGUACCAUUACUCCCUCAAGAUGUACACAUAUGAACGUGUGAGGGCACGCAACUUUGCGCGCACCUGGGGAUUUGUGCAGUGCUCACAGGCUAUCCCAAUUGCUAUUGGGGUUCCCAUAUCAGGUUACAUCAAUGUUGGCUGUGGCGGUAAGGCAGGAUACUACUUCAGCUCCACCUGUGUGUUGGUCGGCAGUCUCACACUCUUCUUUAUUGACUUGCACCGACGGAACUUGGCACGGCACAAGCACACUCGCGCCAAUGGCACACAGCACCUGUGUGUUUCUGAGACCUGCCCCCAGAGGCGGCGUCUCUCCUUCAGCCAAGAACCAGACAACAAUGACCCAGGGGGUGGUAUGAUGGUGCCCCCUAUGGUAGCAGUGGGUCCCAGUGCAGGGGCAGAUCAAGUGGCAGGGGCACCUUUACCAGCAGAGCUACUGGGGGGAGCAGGCAACUUGCUGCUUGCGACAGGCGACAAGCCGGAGCUGACCUGCAUAUCGGAGGAGGGCAUAGCGGACAUGGACCUUCCCGACAAUUUAUUGGAUGACCUGGACUACAUAGGGGACUGCAUUACAUCAUGUAACAAGGUUGAGAACUACUUAAUGCUGAGUGAGUUUGAGAACAACCUGAUUGCUGAGAUGCCGGUGAUCCUGGACAGGAAAGGGCGGCGCUGGUCUGUCGCCAGGCAGAACACACGACCCACGGAUGACAUGACCACCGAAGUGAAGGUGGAUGAGGGGGAGCCAGCAACGGGAACAGGGACUCACCAUGAGGCGCGACAGGGUUCUCGGGAGCUGCCCCCAUUUCGAGCAAGCAAUACCUGGCGCCUCAUGUCAGGCCCAAAGCGAGUCAUCACUGUCAUUGACGAAGCAUCUGUGUGAUGAAAGAGGCAAUACAAAUAAUAAGGAAAGUACCCUCACAGGCACCAUGUGGCUGUCUGUCUGGUGUGCUUGAGAUGCCACGCAGAACAGUAGCGCUGCUGUCGACCACCGGUGGAGAAAGAGGAAAGGAAACGUGUUUGUAUUUGUAUGUGAGGGGCUGACCAGUACUAUGAAGUUCUGCCCCUGCUCAGGUCAGGCACCACUGCAACAUGCAGCCACAUUUGGAUCUCAGAAGGUCACUGUUAAGAUUAUCAGUGGUUUCAUAGUUUGGAUGCUGCCGGUGUAUUCUCAUUUGACCUCACAGCACUACCAGGCUUGUAUAUGUUAAUGCACUCACUCUGUAAUCAGCCAAAUGCUCGGUCAGAACAAAACCCCAACUUGAAGUGCAAGAAUGUGAUAAUGUGCUGCCUGGCCAGGGCUAUCAGGGUAAAAAAGAGUUAUGUAUUUAAGUUUUUGGUCUGUUAAUAGUAUCACAAUAAGCUGAGCAUUGACAAAGGGGUACAGAUGUGGGGAGAAGGGGGGCCAGAACACAUUCUUUGAGCAUGCCAAUAGGAGUAAGGGAAAUAGUUUGAAGAAUGAAGAAAGCAGUCUUCUGGGAUUUGGCACCGUGUAUAUGUGGUGUUAACCGACGUUUCGGAG